AUGAUUGCACUUCAAAUGGCUUCUGCAUCAGUUGGGUUGGAUGAUGUUGCAUCGUCAUCAGAUGAUUUUAUGGAUGAACAGUCUCAUUUUUCUACUGCUUCAUUGCAUGCCGUUAGUGGAACAAAUAUAUCCGAUAUAUCUGUCCACCAUUCUUCGUCAGGAAUGGAUAUCGAGCAGCAAAUAAUGCCAGGUGGACAGAGAGUAGAUGUUGCUUUGUCAAAAAUGUGGAUACGUUUGAAUGUUGGUGGAACGAUUUUUCAAACUACUCGACAAACAUUAUGUCGCGAAGCGAAUUCAUUUUUGGCUCGUCUGUGUAAAGAAGACGAUGAAUUGCCCAGUGAGAAAGAUGGGACUGGUGCCAUAUUGAUUGAUCGUGAUCCAGAAUAUUUUGCGCCUGUGUUGAACUACUUACGUCAUGGAAAACUUGUAGUAAACAAGAACGUGAGUAUCGAAGGCGUUCUUGAGGAAGCAGAAUUUUAUAAUUUGCCGCGGCUAAUUCAGUUAUGUACGGAACGAUUAGCAGAAUUUGGCCUGAAAAAAGCGAGACAGACAAAACAUGUUUAUCGCGUCCUCCAAUGUCAUGAAGAGGAAUUGACAAAUGUUGUGUCAGCAAUGUCAGAUGGUUGGAAGUUAGUUCAACUUAUUCCCAUCGGUCAGUUCCAGUAUCAAAGCGAUAUGCAAAGUGAAUUCCUCUGUGUCGUUUCUCGGGAAUUUCCUGAUAACGAAAUCAAAAAUGGCGAACAUACAGAUCUCACUGAUCGCGUUAAAGCUUUGCAACAAAAAGCUCGCCACCACUAG